AUGUGUGUUAUUGAGGAUUUCUACCCCAAGGACCUCACUGUGCAGUGGGAAGUAAAUGAUACUAACUGCUCGAGACAAUCAAACCUGGAGUACGAACUGAAUGCUGAAGGUCAUUACAACACACACAGUCUGUGUAAAGUCAGCAAUGAGAUGUGGAAUACAAAUACUGAGUAUAUCUGUGUGGUCAACCACCUGGGAAAAGUGAUUAGAGUGAAGAAGAACUUCAAAGAUAAACUCACACUGAGGCUGAAGCCACCAACUGAGAGAGAAUUAUUUGUCCAUAAUAAAGUUGUCUUGGAAGCUGUUGUUUCUGGAGAUGAACUGGAGACAGUGACAGAAGCUUCAGUGUCAUGCAAAGUGAAGAAUAAACCUGUAACCAGUGUUCCAGGAAAUGUAAACUUUCCUGAAGGCACUUCACAGUUUAAAAGAACCCGCUACAUCUUUGUUGAUACAAAGAAAUGGUUUGACGGUGAGAUGGUCACCUGCAGCAUUCAUGACAGAGGCGUCAAUAGAGACAUCAAGCAGGAGAUCAGUUUUGAUAAAGGAGAUGGAAGGACACCCAGUGUUGUCAUUCACUCACCUGAUACUAUCCGCACAGACGCAGUCUCUCUGGUGUGUGAGGUCACCAGCCCUAAACUUGGCGAUGUCUAUAUCAUGUGGAAAGUGAACAAAUAGCCUUACAUAAAGGGCUCAACAAGCGCUCCCAUUCACCGAAAUAACUCCAUCUCUGUUCUCAGUAUUCUGACAGUGUCGAAACAAAAGUAUGAAGAUCUCAAAACCACCAUCACCUGUGCAGUCAAACACGCCAACAUGGACAAUAUAGGAUCUCCAUUACAAGUUACAACAUCAAAAAGUAAACAGUCAGAAUGUCCAGAGUACUGUAAAGAUUAUCAUUAUUAAUGAACAGCAACUCUCUCAAAAGAUCAUGUUUAUGUAUUGUUCACUUGUAUAUUCUCCAGUGCUUCUGUCCUGUUGCUCUUUUUUUUUCUUUUUUCUUUUUUUUGGUCUGUAUCUGUAUCAAUGUUCUGUAAGGGUCAAACAUCAAUGCCAAAUAACAGCCAAUAUUAUAUGUUUAAUUUGUUAUUGCAUGCAAAUAAAUAUGGUCACACGAAAGCAUAGUCAACGUAAUAUCAUAGUGUGAAAAAUCAGUAGUUUAAGAG